AUGCUGCUCUUUUUAAGAUAUCGGAAGUCUGUCCAAUUCCACUCCAAUUGGGGCCUGUUUCCACUAAACUUUUUGAUGCCGGUAAGAUACAUUAAUUUGCGAACGUUGGAAAAUCCACAAACUUGGUUAUUAACUAUUAUGUGCAUGCGUAUAGUUGAUAAAUUACAUGCUGCUAGAAAUCUUGAUGAAAACAUAUGCUAUAAGCUACAAGCGUUAUUUGAGCGAGACGAACGGCUCGAAGAUAUAAAUGAGGAAAAAAACGAGUUGCGUUAUAAAACCAAAGAUGGAAAAUUAGGAAAAGCGGCUGUCGAUAAUAUCAAAUGCGUAAUUUCCAACUUAAAACCCUUUCUUUUGUCAAUUUUAGAAGUAAGCUCUGAAAAGUUUGAUGAAAUAAUCGUCCAAUUUUCCAAAGAGAUGGAGGAUAAUGACAGUUAUCAUGAUAUGAGACGAGUUUACGGAC